GACGAUACGACGCCCCCUUGCCGUAAAGAGAAGCCCAACCCAAUUUCGAUCUGCGACAUGGCUCCCAGCGACUACGUCCGGGCCCGGAAGGACGCUUCCGAGAGCGGAGACGAGUGCUUUUGCGCCCUCGUCGAUGGCCUUCCCUACUUUCCGAACCUUGUGGUUGCCGGGGCCAUCGGCGAACGAGACGGGGCCAUUCGGGGGGUCGUCUCGACCUUUCUCGCGCAGCAAGCUUCCGCGGAAGCAACAACACACGCACCACCGUCGUCGUGGACCGUGGCACCGAUCACCGGCGGAAACACCAACGCCCUCUAUGCCGUCUCGGGCCUGUUUGCAGCGGACGGAAACGGAAAUGGAAACGGAAACGGAAACGACGAUGGGGGCAACGGGAACGGCGCCGCUCGUUCGUCGUCGCUCCCCCCGUCGGUGCUGGUCCGUCUCUUUGGGGCCGAGGGAAUGAUCGACCGCGAUGCGGAAACCGCCACCUACCAUUCCCUCGCCAACCAGGGCCUGGCCCUGGGCUGGUACGGACGCUUCGGAAACGGCCGCAUCGAGGAGCUCCUGACCGGCUUUGAGACGCUCACGGAGGCGGACCUCGAGGGGGGCUAUCCCCGUGCGGAUCGGGAUGCAUGUGCUGGCAGCAACGCCGGCACCGGCCUUGCUCUGCCCCCGGAGAACCUCAACCAGGAAAUCGCCCGCAAGCUCGCCCAGCUGCACUCCACCUGCUCCGUCCCCCUCCACCUCCUCGACGACCAGGGGGCCACGCCGACGCCGACCCUCUGGACACAGCUCUAUCCGUGGCUCGAAAGGUCCCUCUCGGCCACCUUUCGGAACGAGCGCGACACCCACCGGGCGGAGCGCGAACUGGACCCACCGCUCUCGGAGCUCGGGGCCGAGAUCGAUUGGCUCCGGUCCGAGGUCAUCGGAGGAGGGGGGGACCCGGGCAAAGGGGUCAUUGGCUUUUGCCACAACGACCUGCUGGCCUCCAACAUCAUGAUGAAGACGUCGGCAGGCGAAACCCCGGGGGCCGCUGCCGUCCUGGAGCAGCUGCACUUUAUCGAUUUCGAGUACGGCGGCAUCAACUACUACGCGUACGACAUUGCCAACCACUUCAACGAGUACGCGGGGGGAACCGCCGAGGAGGACCACGCCACGCCCAACUACGACCGGUGCCCAAGCGCCGCGGAGAAGCGGGUCUUUCUGGAGGCCUACGCGGAGGAAUACAACCGGCACCAGGAGAAACACAACGAUCCAAGCGCAAGCACCACCACCGUGGACGAGCUGGAGGCGAGCGUCGACGGCUUUUCCCUCGCCAACCACCUGGUGUGGGGCCUGUGGGGGGUCCUCCAGGCGGCCUCCGAGGGAUGCGAGGACGGCCUGGACUACCUCCACUACGCCAAGUGCCGGUUUGCCCGGUACGGCCACGACAAGAAGCUGCUGCUAGAAGCCCGCCGGCGGCGCUAGCUCUCGUGGCCGCAGCGCAGCGCACGGCGUGCCACCGGGACGAAACAGGGAGAGAAAGAAAGAAAAGCCGCUGCCUCGUGCCGAUUUGUUUCCCUUUGUUGGAAGCCAAUGGGUGGGUAGGCGGGUGGCAGCAUUCCCGCCAAGAGAUCGAACGCGAGACGCAGCCGAACGCGGUGUUUCCCAGAGCGGUGGUUUGUUGGGUGUUUCGGGGGAGUGGUGCCGGGUAGUCACAAUCGAACGACGCACUGGUUCGCAAAACAAACAAGCAACAGAGAAGAACUAGGCAGCCCACGAAUCCGUUCCGCUUUUGGAACCGAUCGAAAUACCUUUUAAAUAAACAUUUUGUGGCACA